AGCCAGUUUUCCUCCAAUCUUUGCCGCGUGCGGUUCGUUGUUCAGUUGGUCGGUGUUGUGCCUUCCCGUCGUAGUCGUCGUUUUCGGUUCGUUCUAUUCUUCUCUCUUUCGCACACUCUGUCCCACUCGGGCAGUGCGUUUCACUCUUUCGGACGGGUUUUCCACCUUGGGGUGGGCCGCGGUGGGGUAGAACGGUCGGUGAUGUCGUCACGGUGUGGAAUCUUCUACUCCUACGCGUUCGUCUAGGCUGCUGCCGUUCGGGAUCUAUUUUUCCCUCAACAUCGCAGUAUCUCGGUUAGAAUCUCAAAAUAAAUGCACCCAAGUUAUCGAAUUGUGAUUUGAGACGAACCGGUUGUUCCGGGCUGUUGGCCAACUUUCAACGGGGAAAUAUUUUUGAUUGUUCCGGUGGAAUUUAGUGUGAUAAUCCAGUAACAGUAAGAAGAAAGAAGCAAUUGUAUGAAAAAUAUUGCCUCAGGCAGAAAAAUAAAAAAGUUUGAUGAAAAGCAAGUGUUAAUGAGUGCAUUGGAGGGUGAGUUUCUACACGAACGAGAUGUGCGGAAUCUGUCGAGAUGAAGAAAAUGUGGUGUUCGAUUAAUAUUUAACGGCACAAACAGAACAAGAAAAAAUCUGCUCUUACCGUCGAAUGCUGCGCUGUGGGCCGAGUGGAUGUAUCCAGCGAUAAAAUCAAGAAUAUUCUGAUAUAUAGAAAUGAAACGCAUGACUGGAAUAGUUGAACAAACAACUUGUAUCGCAACUGUUCUGUAGGAAAAUUUAUAGCAGUUAUCAAAGGCUUUUAACGACUUGGUUGAUCUUCCCAUCUCCAAUGCAACAUGGCACUAGUUAUGUUACCAUGCGACCUUCCAUGGUGGUCCAAUGUCCAGAAGAAGCUCGCCCAGAUUGAGGAAAACCCGACCCUGGAGGUUCUUCUCGAAGUGAUGCAAAAGCUACAUGAGCUCUGCAAUGUCAGUCUGGACCCGGACGACGAUGGAAAGGAUCAGGGGGUGUUCGAUGGAUUGCGGCACUUCAUCGAGCAAACAUUGUCCGAGGAGGAGCGUGCCCGCUUCCUAAACCGCACUGUCAAACAUAUCGCCCUGCAUGCACGGAAUCUAAAGUUGCAUCGUCCACCACGGGGGCUGAGUUUCAGUCUGCAGCAGCAAUCCGAUAGCUACGAACUUAGCUAUCGUCUGGUGGCGGCCCUCAUUGCCAAUGCCUUCUUCUCCACAUUUCCAAAACGCACUGAGAAAACUCAUCCCACGCUACAAGACUUCAAUUUUACGUAUUUCUUUAGAGGAUUAGUAGAAAGUAAUGUACAAAAGGCCAAAUUUAGAAGUUUCCUUAAUUAUUUCGAUUGGUUAGAAGCCAAUCCAGAAGUGCUCCAGGGAACACUCAAAGUUAGCAGGAAAGUUAUGACCGGAAAGCAGUGGUUAACCAUCGAAGAUUGGCUGGAAUGUGGUCUUCCAUUGUGCGACGUAGAAAUCAAGCACGAAGGCAGGCUGGACAAGGCCAGCUCGGAUACAAUGCAGACAGUUUUCGCCAACGCUCGAUUAGGUGGCGAUGUCCUAGCGUCUGGCGACUCUCAGGAAUCUCUACAGUUCUUUACGUUCCCAGAGAUUUUGGCUGUGUUAUUGUACGUGGAAGCUCUGGAAGACAACGAGUCCUUGCAAGUGGAGAAUGCUCAUCAUAUAGCACGGAUAGUUGAUCCUCAGGGUAAAGCUUUAUUCGAACCGAUUGAACAACCGAAAAAGACCUCAUUGUGCUGCAUUGAUGCCGAAAACUAUCGAGCAAUACCAUCGCAUCAGUUCGAAGAGGAUGACAUUCUUCGUGAGUUGAAUAAGUGCCUUCUAGCGUUUAGACAGAAUACAACUUGUCCGGUGGUUGAGCAGAGGUCGGGCGAAAAGCAACGCCCGAAUCGACUCGAGCAACUGGACAACGUGUCCAGCAAAGGUAGAUUAUCGCCGAUUGGAGAGCGCGAUCGGGAAGGUUCAACACCCGGAUCGCCAGAUUUUUGCACGACGGUCUUCAUAAAACAGCCUACACCGAACUCAAAACGUUCCAGUAGUGAUUCGAAUAAGCUGGAGAAAGACAUUAACAAGCGACGGUCGUGGUUAACGCCUGAUCGAAACAUUGGAGGCGUGUCAUCGGUGGCGAGUACCGCUGGUUCUACAAGUGGUGUACUGACGGGGGGUCCUCGUGGAAGGUUUAUAAUUCUGGGUUCUUCCGGGGAAUGUCUCCCAGUAAAUCGGCAUCCUUUGCAGAUUCCGAUGUUAAAAGAUUCGUUUUCAUUCUCCAGCUGUGAAUCGAGUAACGACGAGUUCCAUAGCGCACGUGAUAGCUUCGACGAGGACGAUGAAGAUGGGUUGCGGGCGAGGAAAUACUCCACCGAAUUGGAUACCCCGGAGAGGAGGUUCACAUUUGCUCAACGGUUGAGAGAGGCUUUAAAGGAUAGUAAUUUGCCCUCCGGGAGUACUGAAGAGGAUAGUAGCUAUGCUGUAGGGAUUAGUGUUAGUGGAUCGCAAACGAAAGAUCAGGAUAUUAGAGUUAAGAGGGGUGGUUCGUGUGGAUUCGUGCUGGAUGGAUCGAUGGGAAGUACGUCUGAGGAACGAGAGUGGUUCGAUCGAUGUAAGAAGAGAUACAACGGAAUUUUGGAGAGAAACGAAACAAACGAGUCUUCCAGGUACAGUUUUGAUUCGGAUCUUGGAUCGGAACUGGAGGAGGUGUACGAAAAAUUUGCCAAGUGGCUAGAGGAGCCAAUAAGUAGUGAGAAACCGAAGAAGUUGGAUGCCCGAGACGAAGCCGUCCUUAGAUUUGCCAAUUCACUACUGAAGCGAACACUCAGUGAGAGUUUUGUGGGAAUUCCGUUUACCGAGGACGGCCUGAGCGAGGAAAAGGGUACGGAAGCGACAGCGAUACGGAGCAACGGCACCCAAAAGGAGAAGGUAGUACUGAACGUGAGAUCGUUAUCCCUGGAGUUGGCCAAACACAAGCACAAACUUGCGGCACAAUUGCGCAACGAUUACCUAGCCUUGGAGCCGGCCAAACUCUUCAAGUGUCCCAAUAUCCAGCUGAACCAAACCGACCAGCGAAAGUUAUUGCAUCGAUUACGCUCCAGCAGCUCGAUCUGCUCAACGACGUCCGGACCACGUCCAAUGGUUCCACCUCGGGCAAAGAAGAAAUACCGCAAGAGGCCCUUAGAGCGGCAGUCCUCUCUGAAGACCCGAUUGCAGAACUUCAAACCAAACUGGUCCGUUUCGUACUAUCAGGACGUGAAAUGCGAAGACGUCACCCUGAAGAUUUCGCAGCUAGCACAGAAACGUACGUUCAACGUCAAUCUACGGCCUGUGGCUACCGGAAACUGGGGCUGCGGAGAUUCCAAACGGGGCGAUAUCCAGCUCAAGAUGGUUAUUCAGUGGAUGGCGGCCAGUGUGGCAGGUUUGCCGUACUUGAUCUACUACACGGCGGGAAGCGAAAAAUUAUCAAAGCUGGACACCGUCUGCCGGGUGCUCAAGGAUCGCAAAUGGACCGUCGGAGAGCUCGCUUCAGCCACCCUGUCGCACGCCCGAGACAUCCUCGAGGAUCCCUUUUACUACAACAACGAUCGGAACUAUUGUUCCUACUUCGAUAAGCUGAUUGGCAUCGAUCGAACAACGGGACAGUAGCAUCGAAAUGCAGGCGCACUCGGCCACGUGGAAUGAAGGAAAUCUCAAUGCAAAAAGACACUCUCGUACAGAUAAUAAGGGCAGAACUAUGGGAGACAAAAAAAGAACGCUAUUUCAACACAAGAAGCAAUAUUUAUUGUUAGAAAUCCGAAAUGAUCUCGCCAAGAGAGUGAGAGUAAGAAAAAUAAUAAAAAAGAAGAAUUAAGGUCAAACGAAAAUUGAAAGCCAUUUAUACACAAAACCAUCUGAUGAAGAAGUCUUCCUUCGACGACUUAUAAUAGUGAACAAACGUACAUAUAACUCCGUUUUUUUAUACAUAUAGCAAAACAUGACAUGCGAGAAACAGGAGACAAGAAGGUCAAGUGUAGUGAUUAACUUUUGAUAGAUAGGCAUUACCGAAUAAAGACUUAUGCGAAUUACGUUGCUGUAUUGUUUGAUCAUUGGUUUAACCCUGUGGAUAAAGCGUAAUCUGAAAUAAAUCGUUACUGACUCGUUUUCGUUUUAUAA